AUGAAAGCAGCACUCGCAGCUUUGACUGUCCUUUGCUUGGGCGAAUUAAGCUCUGCCCACAUGCAGAUGAGCUGGCCACCACCGUUCCGGUCCAAGUACAACCCCUACACGACGAGUGUCGACUACAACAUGAACAGCCCGCUCGACGCCAACGGCGACAACUUUCCCUGCAAGGGAUACCAGUCACUGCUGGGCACGCCGCAAGGCCAGUCUGUCGUCACCUGGCAGCCCGGGCAGUCGUACAACAUGACCAUUGUUGGCGGCGCGACGCACGGCGGCGGCAGCUGCCAGGCGUCCCUCUCCUACGACCGCGGCGCGACUUGGACCGUCGUCCAUUCGUACAUUGGCGGCUGCCCACUCACCGCGAACUGGGUCUUCACGCUGCCGAAUGACACGCCUACUGGAGACACUGUCCUAUUUGCCUGGUCGUGGUUUAACAAGAUUGGCAACCGCGAGAUGUACAUGAACUGUGCGCAUGUGACCAUUGCGGGAGGCGGAGGCGGCGGCGGAGGCGGGUCGAAUUCGAAGCGGGAUGCAGGGGAUGCCUUUGCAAGCCGCCCUGCCAUGUUCGUUGCUAAUGUAAACAACGGCUGUGGUACGUCAGAGGGCUGCGAUGUCGACUUUCCAGAGCCUGGCCCAGAUGUGGAUAAUAUUUCUUCAAAGACAUGCCCUCCUGUGGGCAAUUGUAGCUGA